CAGGUGGACCAGUUGGAAUUUAUAUCACUAGCUUCCAGCGCUUGAUCUAAAUUGGCUUUGAUGAGAUCAGGUCUAAGCUUGUCAAAGUUUGCCUUUUUGUAGUUGUAUAAACUUGACGUCAAAAGUUCUUUUUCCUAGAUCCUUUGACGUUGAUCUUGAAGUUGAUUGCUAGAUGGUCUGUGUCUACGGUUGACUCGAAACACUCUGGAGUACAAAAAAGUUCGGGGAAAUUGGUUGCCACUAAAUCAAGGGUAUUACCAUGUUUGUGAGUAGCAGUAUCUACUACCUGAGUCAGCGAGAAAUCGUCCAAGAUGUCACAGAACCGAUUCUAUAAUUCGCAGGAAGAAGAGUUCAAGCGCCAGUUAAUACCGGGGAAUUAAAAGUCCCCAAGAAGUAGAAGAUGACUAAAGCCACUUGAAUCAAGGGAGAUGAAAGGAGGUGAAUCUAAAGCUGGUUACAGUCGACGUCGAAGCUGAGAGAACGGUGGAAGACAGCAUUGGCUGCACAGCCAUUCCUCUGUCGAAAGACCAAGUUGAAUAAGUUCUUCAUUGGGAAUGUGCUGACAGUUCGAGUGGAACCACGACGAGCAACGGUCACAGAAGACUGACUCUUGAUUUGAUCUACAUGGUUGAAAGUGCCGCAUGGAAAAUUAGAUCUUGAAUUUUGGCAAGAAAAACGACCUGUUACAAAUACAUUGUGUCCUAUUUGGCUUUCAAGACUAAAAUCUACAUCAGGUUUACAUUUGACCUGCUUGGAACCUUUUUGCCAAUUGUUGUGUCUAAUACUUGAGUCAAGGAACAACAUGUCCAAAAGUAUAUGGGAGGCAUAGGUUAUCGAUGACCUGAAGUUGCUCCGAUAAUCAGUGUCGAUAGCACGCUCCACAUACACAGCCGACAAAAAGGACCAAUCGAUUCUUUUACAGUCAAGAUAUUUAACGUUACGUCCGUAGUUUCUUGCCUUCCAAUUGUGUCAAGCCGAAGUUAGGCGACAUUUGCUACAAAUGAAAUAUAUGAUUGGCCUGGACUUCGGUGUUAAAGUUGAGCAUACUGGAACGAGUUAUGAGACAGAGUAUAAAUAACUGCUGUGCAUCGAUUGGGUUUAGUGUCAAAUCCUGACCAGCUUACUAUCAGCACUUCCUUAAUUUGAAGAAGGCGUAGUCAAGGAAGAUUCUAGAAAAAUGAACAACAAUACGACAAGCAGCAACAAUUCCGUGAUAAUAUUAGGAAACCCAUCUUUGGUUUUCCAUGAAUUUCACGUCAAUUUAACAGAGCGAUGCAUUGGAAUAACAUUCACUAUGAUUCUCAUGCUUUUGACUCUCUUUGYCAACAUUUUGGUCUGUUGUGCCCUAACAAAAGGCAAACAAUCGUUCAAUACUUCGUACGCCUUCAUCAUGAACCUCUGCGUUGCAAAUGUCGUAAUAGCAAUAUUCAGUAUGCCUUGGUGGGUGAUGGUGGAACUAUUCGGGUCAUAUCAAGUCUUUCAUAUGCUUGGACCUGAUAUUUUUCUGUUCUUUUUAUUCAUUGACAUUCUUGGUGGCGUUGCAUCGAUCAUGAGUUUGACUGUAAUAAGUGUGGCUCGUUGGUUGACUGUGAGCCAUCCUCUAAGUUGGAUGGCUGUUUUGUCCUUCAAGAGGUGUAUUUACAUCAUUGCGGGCGUAUGGCUUUAUGGUGUUAUCGUAGCUACUUUAAAGUUUGUGAAAUGGUCACAAGCACAAACUUAUUCUUUAAUCGUCUUCGCCGUUGGAUUUGCCUUGCCUUUCACUGUGUUGGCCUUGGCAUACGGAAGAAUGCUCUUAGUGGCAAAAUACCAACAGAUACACAAAACCACCAAAUCAUGGCAGACCAAAUAUGUUAAAUCUAGCGAGAAAGUCAAAAUGACAAGGUCAAUUGAAUGGGAAACGAAAUUUAAAAGGAACUUCAAAGGCAGCAGGACAAUGGCGAUAGUAACAGGAACAUUUCUGAUAUCAUGGCUUCCUUUUUUUGUCAUCAGUUUGUCGUACAGUGUCAACCCCAACAUAGACUUAAAAGCAGCUCUAGCCGCUAAGUGGCUUGGGUAUUCCAACGCGCUAAUUAGUCCCUUGGUAUAUACUCUUCUAGAUAAAAGACUUAAGAGAGCAGUCAUGCGGUUGAUUCGUAAACUUAAGCACCGGUUUUGUGAGCGCUCAUGGUUUAUUAGAGUUUUUAAAGGCGGAGCUAGCUAGAUGAGUUUGGAUUCUUGCCAAACCUUUAAUCUUCCUAAUAAACACUUUCAUGGGGUGGGGGGACAGUAUAAUCCCAUGCUGCACUGAAGGGCUGCGUUUAUAUUGUGAAAAAUUGGAACAAAACGAAUAGAAAACGGACUUCAUUUUAUA